AUGGCCUCGUCGAUGGCCCCAAGCGAGCAACCGCCAACUCAUAUUCGAAUUCUCACCCUGAACUGUUGGGGUCUGAAGUACCUCGCCAAGUAUCGCCAUGAACGUCUUUCGGAGAUAGGACGGCAGCUGGCUUUGGCUGAUCCACCACCAGAGAUAGUCGGUCUUCAGGAGUGUUGGACGCAGCAGGACUACGAGAGUAUCCGGGAUCAGACUCGUCAUCUUCUACCGUACGGAAAAUUCUAUUUUGGUGGAAUAUUUGGCGCUGGCCUCGCCAUUCUAUCAAAAUGGCCCAUCGAAGAGAGCAGCAUGUACGCCUACCCAUUGAACGGACGACCAACCGCAUUCUUUCGCGGCGACUGGUUCGUUGGGAAAGGUGUUGCUUGUGCCCGCGUCCGGUUCGGCCCUGGAGUCGCAGAUGUGGCCGAAGUAUUCUGCACGCAUUUGCAUGCCCCGUAUGAGCGCGAGCCGCACGACUCCUAUUUAUGCCACCGCACUGCACAAGCUUGGGAGAUCUCCAAGCUUAUGCGCGGCGCCGCCGAGCGCGGCCAUCUGGUUAUCGGCCUCGGUGACUUCAAUAUGCUGCCCUCUUCUUUCGCUCAUCGCUUGAUAUCCUCUCAGAGCCCGGUCCGUGAUGUAUGGCAGGAGCUCCACCCCGACUCUUCCGUGGGUGCUGCCAUCGACGCAGUCGAGAAAGCACGCAACCGGCCCAUCCCGUCUGCGGAGUUCAACCUCAUCGAGAAUGGGGCAACCUGUGAUGGCGCCUUCAACACGUGGCGCUGGUCGAAAGCCCUACAAAAACAACUGGACAAGGGUGAUGAGAUCACGGUCGACAAGGAUGCACCAGACGCCCGCGCGAAACGACUCGAUUAUAUUUUCGUCGGCGAUGGAGGGUAUGCACCCAAUUUCCCUCCGCCACAAUGGUCCGUUGAGUCUGUCCAGGUCACCAUGACCCAGCGCCAUCCUACUCUCCGCUGCUCUCUCAGUGACCACUUUGCCGUCGAGGCAGUCAUCACUCGCACCCAAGUCCUACCAGGUUCUCCGUCGUCGGUUCAGCCCGACUCCGUACCCUCUUCCACUUCUCCAGCCUUGCACAAGCCUACAUCCUCCACCAUCGCUCCCAACGCUACCCUCUCUCUGGAAACAUACGACCUCAUCAUCGAAAUGAUUGACACAUACGUGCGUCGCGAGCGCUCCCAGCGCCGCUGGCGUCUUGUACACUUCCUUGUCUCCGUGUUAGUGUCCAUCGGAUGUAUGGUUGGUGUCUGGUGGGUUGGCAGUCGAACCUACAUCGGGUUCAUUCUGAUUCUCGUGAGCACUCUCAAUUUCGGAGCGGGUAUUCUGGACGGCCUGAUCGGCGGGCUCUUUGUCUCAGGCGAGCUGCGUGCACUGAAGGAGUUUGAGUGGGAGGUCCGCAAUGCGAGAAGCUUGGUGCUUACCGCGGAGAGCGGACAAAAAGGCCAAUGA